AUGCCUAUGACAUCUACUAUUUCUCUUCUUAUGGAUGCUAGCGCAUCUGGCUUACUUGGCUAUUGCUUUGGGCCUUGCCUUUGCCUCGCAACCUGCAACUUGCAGCUUGCAUUCUCAUGUAUUAGUGUUGACGGCAACACCGGCAACGUUGGCAAAGAAUCGAAUUUAUGGAUCUUCAAGACCUAUUCUGUUGUAAAUACCGUUCAUGACCACUGGCUGGCUACACUAAUCGGAGGUCCAGGAGAAACCGGCUUCUUCGCCUCGGCUAGAUAUGAUGGCCCCGAGGAUUCGGAGAAGGGCAACAAUUGCAUUGCUUGA